AUGGCGAUUGCUUUGGAGUCUGGCGAGCCUGCUUCACAUGACCCUACCGGCUUUGGCAAGCUUGCCCGCCCCUUUGCAGCUACGGCCCGCUUUGGAGGACAGGAGGGCAUAUUUGCAAUGCUAAACGCAAAGGAUCCGCAGCCCCCCCUGCAGUGGUCAAUCAACCUGUGCAGAAACAAACCUGUCAAGAAGUGGCCUUGUGCAAAAACUGACUCCAUUUUUCGUGUUGGCCCAACGGCUCCUGAGACGGCCUUUGGUCUCGAACGCAGCGCACGCUUAAACGGCUUAAGCCGCUUGGCACGACGACAUGGUCGUGGGCCACUGCUAUGGGUGCUGCGCUCACAAAACAUCGAAGAGAACGCGCAGGUAAGCCUCGGCACCUCGAUUUGCAGCCUUCUGGUCUCCAUCUUUCUUUUACAAGGAUGGCAGCCGGUGCGUUUCCGUUUCUAUGGCGGAUGCUUGCUGGGUCUAUGUAGCAUGCAGUGGGCCGAGGCCUUCUUGUGGUAUCACGGAGAUCUCGUGGAGUCCUGCCAAGUCGGUGGUGCAAACCGCUUUGGGACACAGAUCCUAGUGCCCUUGGCCUUGAUUUUGCAGCCUUUGGGCCCUUUCUUUUCAGCACGUCUUUUUCUACCUCAACGGGCCUUGCCCAUGUGCUAUGCAGCCCCACCCUUGCUGUGGUUUGGAGGACUUUGCUUCAAGUAUUUGGUCUUUGGUGAUGCUUGGAUGCAUACUGUCCCAGUUGACCCUGCAACAAAAUGCAACCAAGGAAAUAGCGCUCCUUACAAGAUCCUUGCUUUAAGGAAGUUCUUUGAAGUGACGCACACGACCUUUGAGGCUUGGCAGAUGAUACUGUGGUGUGCAUAUAUCUCAGCACCAGUGCUGAAAGCCAUGAGACCGUUGUUGAAAGCACUCUUCGCAUGUGCCUGGGGCUUGGCGUGCUGCUUGUUGUCAAUGACGAUCACCGAUUCUCCUCCCAGCAAUUGGUGCAUUUACAUCGUCUCCUACAACAUCAUCGCUCUGAUCGAGUACGCCUUGGUGCAAGCUGGGCUGGUCUCCGGCGAGGAGUCCGACGAGAGUGAGGAUGAGUCAGAGACAGAGACUGAUGAGGAGGAGGGCCUGAAGACAAGUGCAAAUAAGAUUUCAGGUGCGCUUGAGCCCUGUGAUGCCUCGAGUGGAUUUUCACCUACCUUGGCCAUGACUGAGCACGAGGGUAACAUCGUCGAGCUCCCUAUGAAGCCAGUGGCGCCCCGGAGGAACUUGACCGAGAGGCAUGCUGUAAGCUGUUCCCUCACUGGCCAUGGCGCAGUGUUGUGUGAUGAUGCACAGGCCUUUCCAGGCACUCUUUAUCCCGCCCUUGCCAAGGCGGCAGGGAAAACCUUGCCGCAGGGGUCCAUCAAGGGAGCGGCCGUGUUGAUUGAUGACGUGGCCCUUCUGCUUCAACAUCCCAACCUGGCGCGUUACUUGGACCUCUUGGUUGGUCGUGACAGUGUUGUUUUCAUCGCCAGUGAGCACAGCUCUUUGUCGCUGGGCACGGUGCUCGCAGCCCAUCCCACAGGUUUUGUGGAGGAAAAAUCACUUCGCAUCGUUUCUCAGUUGCUGCGGGCCUUGUGCCACUUGAAUAGCCGGGGUUUGGUGCAUGGGCGGCUGGAUUCCAACUCUGUGGUCUUCAAAGAGGCACUGAAGGAGCAGAGUGAUGAGAUUCUGUUGACAGGUCAUGGCAUGGGACAUCUUCUGGGCGGGUCUGACCUGUCUGGAAUGCAACCUCUGACCUGGAGCCCUUUGACACCUGCUGACCCCUGUUGCUUGUCACCUGAAGUGGCGGGCGAACACCUCAAACAGGCGAGCUGCCAACCAGACGUGUGGAGCUUGGGGAUUGUGCUGCUGCAGAUGCUGCAGGGUCCCUGGUCCCACCUCCUCUCGGAAGCGCCUUCCGAGCGACGGAGGGGUGGCCUUGUGGCGGCAGAGACCGCGGCGGAGCUGUGGCGCUUUGCCAACUCCAGCGUGAGCACAGCAAAUCCUGGCCUUACGCUACCAGUUGUGUUAAACUGGGCCGACAUGGGCGACGGAUCAGCUGGAUCGGCGUUGCCAAUUCCACAAAGUUUGCAGAUGAUGAACGACGCUUCGAUCAUUGAACUGCAAGGAUCCUACCGGCAAUGGCUUAAGGGCGAAGGCCUUUGUAGUGGAGGUUUGGUCAAUGACUUCUGGGAAGAGUGUGUGACUUUGCGGCCCUCACAGAGGCCGAGGCCGCAGGAUCUCGCCUCUCAUGCCUGCAUGGCGCAGCCUGAUCUUGUGUCAGCCGCAGGCGUGUGGACGGUCCGAGGAGAUGCAAACCUUUACAGUCGAGAUGAUGAGGCACCCCCAGAAGCAGCUUCCCAGCCGCAGAGAUACCUGCAAAGUAUGGGAGUGGACUUGGCUCACCUGAGCUACUGGUGGCACUUGGCGGGUGGAAGCCCCUACCGCGUGGCAGCUGAGCGUUUGCUCUUGCGACCGACGCCGGCCAUCUUUCGCUUGCCACUUUUUGUCCUGGACUCCCACGAGGAGGAGGGUCACCGGAGCACGUUCUUGAGUGAGGAGAUGACCACAGCCACAUCCCGCCCGUCUGCGAAGACGGACGCCACCGGGAUGCAGUUUUGGGACCCGCCACCCGAAGCACCACUGGGCUUCUUUUCAGUGGACCUCACAGACCUUUGUCAGGGUCUUCAUGCCGCCGAUCGUGCGAAUGCAAAGGACUUGCGACCGGAAUCACUUUACGAAAGGCAUCAGCACUUUGCAUACCAAUGGCUUCGCGUGAAACAAUUUCAACGCUUGCUGGCCGCUUUGACGCACAGACGUGUGGAGCUCUUCCGUGAAGCGAGCGAGGAUCUUCCUCCCCUGCUUCGAUCGUCCAUAUGGUCGGCCUUGCUGGGCGGGGCACCUCUGCUGGAAUCGGAUGAGGCUUGCUGGUCACCCUUCUACGAACACCUUUUGACGACACCGCUUGGAGGAGGUUUCUCGGAUGGCCAAGGCGUUGGGAACUAUUUGCUUGAAAGGCCGAGCAGCGGUGGCACGGGACGAUCUUUUUCGGACGAUGAGAGGUGGAAGGUUGCAAUGAGAAGCGUGCCGCGCGAUAGCUUUGAUAGUUCUGACAGCAACCGGCGCUUCGAUCGCUUGAUUCAUGCCCUGCUGGCGGCCAAUCCAGAUCUCCAACACUCGGAGGGCUUGGGUGCCUUGUGCUGCGUGGUGACCGCUGUUUUCCAACAACGCGAGGAGGCCGCCUUCCUGGCACUGCAACGACUCUUGCAUGGCUUUCUUUGGCCGCUCUACGGUCCAGAUGGCUUGGCCCAGCGCCGCCGCAGCUUACAGAUCUUCGGGACGUUGAUGAGCUUUGCGGAUCCUCAGCUGGCUCUCCACCUGCAUGAGCUUGGAAUGCAGCCAGAUGCUUAUGCAAGUGACUGGCUUUGCACAUGGUUUGCGAAACUGCUUCCACUGCCACAAGCUAUCCUCUUGUGGGACACGCUGCUUUUGCAUCCUCCGCAGUUUCAGCUCUUCGUUGGUUUGUGCCUGGUACAUUUCUUCCGGGAGUCCCUGCUCUCAUUGAAUGAAGCCUCUCAGAUCGCGACGUUUCUAUCCAGUUGUGCUCAACUGGUGGAUAUACAGGUCUUAGUCACCGCAGCAAGGGACUUCUUUCAGGCACUUCCGGCCUCUCUUACUUUGCCCGUUUAUCCUAGACACUCAGCUGGUGAAGCCUUGCUUUGGGAAGAAGGAGCUGCUCCCAUUGCAGCCGACCCCAGCUGGGGCUACUUGAACUCCAUGCUCGGUGGACAGCCACAGGAGAAGUCCGAAGCGCAGCAGAAGCUGGCCCAGCAUGCGACAGAGCAAUGGCGACAAUGUGAAUGGUGGCGCCAGCGCAGCAAGAAUGUCUCAACACCGCCGAUCAUUACAGUGGACGAUUUUCUCAGUUAUCGCAGUCGUUGCUUUAUUCUAGACGUCCGUCCGACAGAGGAGUUCGACAACUGCCAUUUCCAAUCCAGCAUUCACGUCAGUGAUCCUGAAGCACCUGAUUUGCUGUCCUCGUUGCCUCCUGACUUUGUGUCUCACUGCGGGACACCAAGAGAAGCUCAGGAGGAGCCUGCCUCACCGUGGCUUUUUGCCACCUCACGUUUGCGGUUGGUGGUGGUCAUUGGGGCAGAGGAUUUUGGCAUCGCUUUUGCUGAUCGGCUGUUGAAUGCCGGCAUCAGGCAUGUGCUUUGUCUUCUAGGAGGCAUCGCUGGAUUGAGAGAGCAAGCUCCAACAUACUUGACACGCGUGGAUCGGAGCCGCGGUGAAAAGGGCAGAUGGGCAGGGGUAUGGGGCCCGAUUUGA